CAAAAGUCACCCAAAGUCUUGGGCGCAUCUUUCGAUGAUUCUGCCACUGUGCAGCUUGCGCGCACGAUCUCUCAAGUGAGGCCAACAACCACAGAAGAACAAACAUGGCAUCAUCGUCGUCAUCAUCGCGGCGUGGAUCUCAGGUGCCGCCGACGGCAGCAGCACCCAAUGUCAACCUCUUCUGUUCCCAGUGCGACACUCAAAUCGGCGUGUUUGUGAACGAGUGGACCCGCCUUACCUCUUCCUACGUCUAUCCUACACACCAAGGCAAGCAUUUUGGCACCGAGAUUGGAAACAAAGCACAGGUCGUCCCGGACGGGGUCUCUCAGAAAGCGGUCCAAGGAUGCACUUUGGCAGAAGUCUUUUGCAAGAAAUGUUCGGCGGCGCUGGGUCAGUACUGCAAGGCCGCACCGACACCGCAGCAGCGAUACUUGAAAGACGAGUACUUUUACAAGUUGUCAAAGACCUACUUGAAGGAUAAUGAGACGAACACCAUCAUCGAUGCCAUCUUUGGCUAUUCGGGUGACAUUGAUCUGCCCAGAAGCGUCAGGCCUGGCGGCGAGAUCCCUCGGCCCAGUGUGGCACCUCGCCCUCGAUGGUCGCAAACUCCCAUGCGGCAGUACCCCGAGUCUACUUCUUCUCCCUUUCAGUAUCCAGAGUCGCAAGGACGAUCCUACCAGCCCUCAUCACUCAACCAUUCUUCGUUCAUCGGCACACCCUCUCCGAACGCUAUGGAAGAUCGAACGGGACUAGAGGCCAGGAUUAGAGCCCAAGAUGAAAAGAUCGCAGCUCAAGAUCAGAAGAUUCAACAGCAGGAUACACAGGUUCGACUUUUGACAACAUUGCUGGAAACACUCCGAGGCACCAUGGACGACCUCAAGACCACAAUGCGGGAAAUGCAAUCGCGAAACGCGGUCGUGCGCAAUGACGAUACACGUUCCAAUGAAAUUACCAACAGUCCAAGGUCACCAUAUCAAGGUACGAGGAGCAUUUCGUCAAAUGAGAUCGAUGUCGACAGGCUUCGAACUGAAAAUUCUGCCAUCAAGGCGAGGCUCGAAGAUCUCGAGACGACUAGAGAUCGUUCUUUGAAAGAUAUCGAUGCUUCCACCGUGCUAGGCAAACGCAAAAGACGCAGCACCCUCACGAACCCACGAGCCCCAACCCCCCUAGACCCCACAAAUCGAUAUACCGAUUCCUCCUGCCAGAAUGAAUUGUCUUCCACUCAGAUGCCAACUCCCCAGUCAAGCAACUCUAUAGACACUCGUUCCUUCAAUGAGUCGAAUAUAUCAAGGAGUUCUAGUCCCCUGGAAGCGCAGACUGGGAUGGCCUUACAAAGAGCUCCACAGGCGAGCGAAGAGCUUGGGUCAGUCGAGCACCACGCUUAUGCACCUACUGCACUGGGUGAGAGAUCCCAAACCGAAAAGCAUUCUGAUCGAUCCGAAAAAGUUGUUAUCGAAGCCGGGAGCGACAUCCCUGCAAAGCGUAAACCCAACUCAAGCCACGCCGCGAAAGGACCAAAGGGGGCAACAUCUCCAACAGUCAAGACUUCGCAUAAGUCUAAUGGUGAUCUCUCUGGACUUCGGGACGCUUCACAAACCCUGCAAAUCAACCCGGAAGACUGCGACCCCUCCCUGCAAGACAGUGAUGUUGAGGUCGUCGACCUCGAAGCUUCUGCGCCACAGCAAUCAGGAGCAGACAAUGUCGAAUUCAGUGACGAUGACAAUGGAGAAGAAGUCGAAUUUCAAAGUCCCAACGGCACUUCAGCUCUACAACAGAACGAAAAACAGGUGGUAUCUUUUAUUGUCAAUAAUCCCUCAUCGAAUCAAGAUGCACAGGUCUCUCAUACUGAUCCCCCCGAGGAUGGUUCAGAAGUUCAAUCAGGGCAUGAUCUGCGACCUCGGACUAGAAGGUCGCCAGUAUACAGAAGAUCUGCAGAGCCUGUGCCAGUAGAAUUGGAAACAAACAAGCGACCGAGGAGGAGAAGAUCAACCCAAAAACCUAUUGAUAGCCCCGUCGAAGGUCGCAGUGUUGCCCCUGAACCUGCAGCACUACCUAAACUCGUACCUCGUCGCCUACCGCACGAACCAUUUGCUAUUACGACGCCGACGUCUUACGACCAAGAAAUGACUAGGAAGAAGGCGAAACUGCCCAAACCCAGAAUCCAGUAUACGACCAAAAUUCUGCUCAAAGAGCUCAAAGAUCUUGGGCUGGAGGAAUGGGUUGACAAAGAUAGGAACAAUCCAGAAUAUCGCGCCGCGGUUGCUCAGGCAAGGAAUCGCCAGCGAGAACUAAACAAAACAGCCCAGAUGAUAAGAUAUGGAAUCGGUGAAAAUGGCGAGCCUGUACCAAUGACCCCCGGUCAGGUGCAGCAGGGACCUUUGUCUCUCGACGAAGCAUUCAAAUUAGCGACAGACGCUAUGUUGGUCAAUGGUUCCGGUGAGCUGAAGAGCGGCAUUGAAAUUGGGCAACCUCUGCAAGCCGGUGCGCCCCUUAUUCCAGCUAUCCAGCAGAAUACUAACUCGCCAGCACCGGCAGUAGCUGUACCAACUACCGCGAGAAAACAGCGAGAGGAAGAGAUUCGACGACGGGAUCGACUUGCCAAGGCAGCCAUGGAGAUGUAAUCCUCAAAGGCUUUCCAUGGCGCGGGGUGGUAGUGAUCAGAUUUUCUGACAUUGGUGGGACAAGUGGUAUCUGUCUAUAACACAGGUUGUGUCGCAUGGUGUAAGAAUCACGCAGUAUUGAGCCUGAAGACUUGCAAGAUGAGGUCUGGAGGAGAUUUGCCUUGAACCUCGUCGUCUCUGGGAGUGUUGUUGUUGGAUUUUGUGUAGCAGUAGUAGUUGUGAGGACGUAGUAGAUACGCG